AUGUGUGCACCAGCAGCGCUUAUGAGUUCUGAGCCACGAAAGAUUGCCCUUCUGGUAGGAAACAACAACUACAACAAAUCUCACCUCGCAAACUGUGUUAAUGAUGCUACCGAUUUAAGCAUUGAGCUGAAAAAAGUUGGAUUUUCAGUGACAACACAAACGAACGUCAAUUAUGAAGACAUGGAUAGAGGAAUUGAAAAUUUUGCCGAUGAUAUUAGGCCCGGUGAUUUCGUUCUUUUUUUCUUUGCUGGACAUGGUGUACAAUGGGAAGAACAGAACUAUCUAGUGCCGUGCGAUGAUGAUCGUAUUAGAAACUCGACUGAUUUGAGAUAUCGAGCUGUGAAUGCGCAGCGAGCUCUGGAGCUGAUGUCUGAUAAGGAUCCUUUCGUUAUUGUAUAUCUUCUGGAUUGUUGUCGCACAUACUGGUUACCAAGUUUGGCUAGAAGCAGAGCUAUGGAAAUUUCAUCAAGAGGAAUGGCUCCCAUGAGCGCAACAGGUGGUUCUUUGAUUGCUUUCGCCUGUGCACCUGGAACAACGGCUGUGGAUGUGUCAUCGAAUGGACGUAAUGGACUUUUCACUUAUCAUCUUUUACAGCACAUUACAAAACCAGGCGAAAAUAUAACAAUGUUAAUGAUAGACGUAACACAAGCAGUGGCAACUGAAACAAACAACAAACAAAUACCUUAUACUACAAGCUCAUUGCGGAGACGAGAUGUAUAUUUAGUAGCACCUACGACGCAGAAUCCACACCCAAACUUACUAGUACCGAAAGUGGCACAAUUCUCAUUUAAUUCAAAAAUGAAUAAUUCUUAUCAAUUAAAUCACUCUACAAUUAGUACAGCGACUAUACCAGAGAAUCAAAUAUCAACUCAAUCUUCAAUAAAACCACAACAAAUUCAAAUAAAAAAGAAUAAAUUUCAACAAUUUGCAAUUACUGUUGCUGGAGGAAAUGGAGAAGGGCAGGAAUUAAAUCAACUCCACAGGCCUUGGGGAAUGUUUAUUGAUAAUGAUAAAUCGAUUUAUAUUGCUGAUCCUUUCAAUCAUCGUAUUAUUAAAUGGAAGUUGAAUUCAAAUACUGGUCAAGUCGUUGCAGGUGGAAAUGGACAAGGAAAUCAAAAUAAUCAAUUGAAUGAGCCAAGAGGUGUAAUUUUUGAUAAAAAGAACAAUUCUUUUAUUAUUUCUGAUAAAGGGAACAAACGAGUAAUUCGAUAUUUUGACCAAAAUCAAACAAAUCAACAAAUUAUUAUUUCAAAUAUUGAUUGUUGGGGUCUCGCAAUCGAUAAAAAUGGAUUUAUUUAUGUUUCUGAUUUGGAGAAUCAUGAAGUAAGACGAUGGAAACAAGGAGAUAAACAAGGUGAAUUAGUUGCAGGUGGAAAUGGUCAUGGAAAUCAUCUUAAUCAACUCUAUUGUCCUAUUUAUAUCUUUAUUGAUGAAGAUUGUUCUCUUUAUAUAUCAGAUACUAGGAAUCAUCGUGUAAUGAAGUGGGAAAAAGAUGCAAAAGAAGGAAUUAUCGUUGCUGGUGGAAAUGGCAAAGGAAAUAGUCUCAACCAAUUGUCUUCUCCUCAAGGAGUGAUUGUUGAUUAUUUGGGUCAAAUCUAUGCGGCAGAUUUUAUGAAUCAUCGAAUAAUGCGUUGGUGUGAAGGAGAUAAAGAGGGUGAAAUUGUUGUUGGUGGAAAUGGUCACGGAAUUCAAUCAAAUCAAUUGAGUUUUCCCGUAGCUUUAUCAUUUGAUAAUGAAGAAAAUCUUUAUGUUGCUGAUUAUGGAAAUCAUCGAGUCCAAAAAUAUGAAAAACUUUGA